UUCAGUUUCAGUUAAGAAGGAAGAUGGCGGGUAGUUUGAAAGAACGCGAACUUUCUGUCAAGAUUUACAAAAAGUUACAGGCUCUGGGUUGCCCUUCAGUUGAAGGGCUGUUUCUCAGGGAGGCUGACGACAUGAAGGAGCUGCUGUGCACCCCCUCAAUACACAGACUUGACAUUCUGCAGUGGAUCUGCACAAGUAUCUGCCCCCCCAUGACGAAGCACUUCUCUGGGUUGAAGGGACCCCAACCAGACACUCAGAUAAAAGAGCUAGUGCAGUUUUGCCAUGAGAUGCUUUUGUGUCGCCAGGAUGAUUUCGACCUCAUCAAGGGAAUUUCCAGUCCUCAGCGGCAGCUCGCCUUACUGGAACAGCUGGUGGAUGUGAUACCGAGAGAUGAGAGGGAGGCAGGGGAGCCUCUCAUUGAGCAGGUGUGCAGGAAUGAAGCGCUUCUAAAGGAGCUCUUCUCCAGCCCUCAUCUCCAAACGAUGCUUCAGCCCACAUGCCACCCCUGGCCAGUGGAGAUCAGAGAGCUGUUGAGCAGGAGAGGGGCUGCAGGGCAUGGCAGCAACACUGCAUCCAAGAAAAGCCGCAACCUCCCCAGCAAACAGAGGGAAGAUUCCCUGAAGGAGGUGACUGAGAGCCUGCAGAAAACCAACACUGCGCUAGAGGAAAUCCACAAAGAGUGUGUGUUCCUGCACUCGGACCCCCAGAGCAGCGGCAGCAGCAGUACCCCCCUCUCUUCCCCUGCUCUCCGUCUGGCCAUUGUCGACCUCUCCCAGCUCAUGACUGCCUUUAGCCAGCUCUAUGACAGUGACUUUAGAGAGUACUGUAAAAGAGCUGCUCCUCAACUGAAUGAGAGUGCACAGGCCUUCAGUACUGCACACAGCCUGCUUGCUGCCUGCACCAAGGAGCUCCAGGCCCUGAAUCAGCUCUCUCUCACCUCCCUGGCACUGACGAGCACAGUAGAAGGACAGCAGCAGUGCAAACAGUUCUGGAGUAGAGGACACAUGCACUCUCUGCCUGCUAAAAUUGAUGAGCUGAAGAGGAGAUACAAGGAUUUCCUGUGCAUAUAUCAGCGAAGCAGAGAGCAUGUGAGAGAGGAGAGUGCCGGGGAGAAGAUGCUACAGGAGGGAGUAAUGGGAAGAGGAGAGUGUGCAGGGGGGAGUCCAUGACAGGAUUCCAAGUGCGGGAGAGGAGAGAGAGUCUAGGGGGGUGCUUGAGGAUUCCAAGUGUGGAAGAGGAGAGGAUGCAGUUUGUCACCUCGGUCACAGGUUGAUGUUCAGGUACAUCAUCAAAGAGAAAUCACGCUUACAUUUUGAAAAACUUGAUAACCCACAAUUUAAAUCUCCUUUAGAUAACAUAUCAUUGCUUCUUUUAAAAACAAACAAAUUAUUGUAAAAUAAAAUAAAAUGAGGUACAUCUGAAAUCAUGUGUUAUCGAGUUUUUCCAGGACAAAACAAAAACCCAGAUAUUUAAAUACUGAGGAGUCUGUUUAACUUUGUAUUUAUUUCACUCUUCAAUCUGAAAGGACAGGGCUCUGUAUAGGAUUGG